CUUUGUUUCAUAAAUCGUUUGUCAAUGUUUUAAUCUACUUGUCUAGUGUGCAAUUUUUAACAGUAGAAUUCGACAAUUACCGUUUCGGAUGUCUAAUAUUGUCGUACUGAACUUUUAGUGAUAGAGUGGUUGAGUGAAAAAUUAUCUGAAUCGAGAAAAGAAGUUGAUUUUCUUGUACAUUUUUUCCAUUAUGGAAAUGACAAAUGAGGUUAGUGACUGCAUCAAAAAAUGAGCCAGAAAAACGAGCAGUCUGGUCUAAUAAAUGGCAGUUUUUAAUGGUCUGUAUAGCGAACAGUGUUGGUUUAGGAAACAUAUGGCGGUUCCCGUUCGUCGCGUACGAGAAUGGUGGAGGAGCGUUUCUAAUUCCUUACGUAUUUGUACUGAUAGUAAUUGGACGACCAAUGUAUUACUUCGAGAUGGCAAUCGGUCAAUUUUGUAGUCGAAGCUCGGUGAAAAUGUAUAAUGUUUGUCCGUUGUUUCGGGGUGUGGGAGUUGGACAAAUUGUAGCAGCAACGUGCCUCUGUACCUACUACUGUUCGCUAAUCGCGUUAACUAUUUACUACUUAAUAGCAUCAUUCGCUAGCGAACUUCCAUGGUCCAGAUGCUGGGAAUCGUGGGGAUCAGAUUGUAUUGAUUCCAUGCAAAAUUCGAAUAGCACAUCGAACAGAACUAGUGGAGUUAGUAGUUCGCAAAAAUAUUUUUUGGACUACGUACUGAAGGAGAAAAAUGAUAUUUCCGAUGGAAUAGGUACUCCUGAUUGGAAACUGGUAUUAUGCUUGUUCGGAGCGUGGACAGUUGCCUAUUUAGUUAUAGUAAAAGGGGUUAAGAGUUCCGGUAAAGCGUCAUAUUUCCUGGCUUUAUUUCCUUACGUGAUAAUAACCAUUCUUCUGGUGCACGCCUGUACUCUUCAGGGUGCAGCCAAAGGCAUUAUUUACUUCAUUAAACCACAAUGGGAGCAUCUGCUCAAUCCAAUGGUCUGGAAAGAGGCGAUCGUACAAUUGUUCUUUUCACUAGGUGUUAGUUUCGGUCCCAUUGUUAUGUACGCUUCCUACAAUCCGUUUGACCACAACAUACACAGAGAUGCUAUGAUCGUUACAUCGAUAGACACACUUACCAGUCUAAUUGGCGGUUUCACAAUAUUUGCCAUACUUGGAAAUCUAGCACACAACUUAGGCAUUGAGGAUAUAGGGGAUGUUGUUAAGAGCGGAACGGGAUUGGCUUUCAUAAGCUAUCCUGAUGCCAUAUCAAAAUUCGACAUUCUUCCGCAGGCAUUCUCGGCGCUGUUCUUCUUUAUGUUAUUCGUGUUGGGAAUCGGAUGUUUAAUUGCGCUCCAAAGUGCCGUCGUGACGGUUAUCUGUGAUCAAUUCCAUUGGAAUUUUUGGGUGGUGGCACUGGCAACGUGUGCUGCCGAAUUUCUGUUGGGUCUCAUUUACACAUGCCCAGGCGGCCAAUGGAUGUUGAAUUUGGUGGACCAUUUCGGUGGCACAUUAAUUGUUUUUCCCCUAGCUAUUGCAGAGGUCGUUGCAAUAUUCUGGGUGUAUGGCCUAGAAAAUUUUUGCUGGGACAUUGAGUAUAUGAGUGGUAAACCGGUUUCAUUUUACUGGCGAAUUUGUUGGAGUGUUGUCACUCCGGUUUUGAUGAUUGUAAUCUUUGUUUAUUCGGCCAUAUCUAUAAGACCGUUGACGUACAGCAAACUAAAUUAUCCAGAAGAAUACAUUGCCAUUGGAUGGACAAUAUUUGCAUUUGGUGUACUUCAAUUUCCCAUAUGGGCUGUUUACGAGGUAAUGUGCCGCUCCAAGACAUCCGUUUGGACUGCAUUGAAAGAAGUCACGACCCCGUUCGAUUGGGGUCCUAGCGACUUGACGAAACGGGUCGAAUGGACUCAAUUUAAGCAAGAUGCGAGGGAACGACGAAUUAAACAAGUCGAAACAUCUGGCCAUUCGUACUGGAGAGAAAAAUUAUUUAUUUUAUUGGGCAAAUACAAAACGUAGAUUUAAGUGAAUUUUCAUGUAUGUGGACGUGGAGAAUGCGCGAUGCAAUAAAUACUUUUUUUUUGUAUCCCGCCUAGAAAGAGGAGUGUCUCGCCGCGCGUAAUCAUAUUUCAUAAUGUUUGCAGACCAUUCGACUGCAAAUACCUCAUACAUUGACUAUUUGCACUCGGGCGCAAAUAGCAGCUGCCAAUGAAUUAAAUAUUUACAAACUAUGAAAAUGUUCUGAGAAUUUAAAUAAUAAUAUAUAAUAAUGUUU